CGGAGGGAUCCGGCCGCGCCGCCGUUCCGUCUGUCUUCGGAACCAGAUCAGAGCUGCCGCAGCGUUGUCCCCGCAGACUAAUCCAGCCAUGGGUAGUGUGAAUUACUCAAAAGGUUCCUGGCUACAAAGAUUUGCAAAUGGGAAACCUGUGAGAAAACCCAAGCAGCAAGAGCCUUGGAAGGCAGUAGCUGAUCAAAGCCGAGACAUCAUUGCUUCUGCUCAGUGCAUCUUGGACAGAGAAAAUUUUGUGAGGGAGCUGGACAGAUAUUUGAAGCACAAUGAUUUCCUAGAUCUGAGAAAGACAGAACUUCUGUACAAAAAAUAUCUUGAUAAUGUUUCAGAGCCACUUAUGCAAAAAAUGAAGAAAAAAAUGGACAGCCAGUCAGAGAAAGAAGUGUGGAAAAGGAGACAAGAACAAUUCUCUGAAUAUUUAAACUACUUUACAAAGAAGGGUUAUGUGUUUUUGGAUGAUUAUGACCCAUCAGAGUAUGAUCCAUUCUUCCAGAAGACACGCACAGACUGCUGGAAGGACGAGGAACUCAUCAACUAGCACAAUGACAGAGAGCCAAUGAUGUCACCUGUGCUCCAGCUGACCACAGCCAUCAAAGGUACCCUUUACACAAUUAAGUUACAUGCACUGCCAAAGCAAGUGAGAGCAGGCCAGGCAGGUCUUUAGGCAAACUGCAAUAAACUUACUGUCUUAAACAUGUAGUUCUGAAAUGUUGUUACCCCACUGCCAAAGAAAUGUCUGAGAUGCUGCUCCUCUUCUUCCCAGAUCCAGCUCAAUGCUCUACAGGCCAAAACCUGCUAUUUUAGGAGGUUUAACUUGGGCUGAGCUCAGUAAAGACGGUGCUGGUGUUCUCUCCUGGAGACAGUGUCCAAGCAGUAAAUCACUUUUCACAUACAUCGUGGGUGUUUUGAGAAGGCAGGAUAUAAGCAGGGGAGAGGAGAUGGGAAGUGGUGUACAAAACAUCUGCUGCUUUCUGCAGAGCUGGUGCUGAGCAGCAGCUGCUGUCAGUGCCCUCAAACCUGACCCUCUCCUGUGCCAGUGCAGUCCCACCUCCCUGCUGCUGCAGCUGACCAGAGCGCUGGGCUCAGAGCCUGGAAACUGAAUUUUCUCUGUCCUCCAAACUCCCAUUGUACAGACACAAUCUCUCAAGAGUUGCCAAG